UAUAAUCAACUUUAAUCUUUAGAAACCAAAUGAGUUUCUAAUGAUUUUCCUACUUUUGAUUUAGAGCUCUUAAAUAUGUGCAAAAGUGAUUUUUUAGAAGAAAGCUGACACAAAAACUGCAAUUGCAAAAUCGCUUAUCAGUUUUUAAAGGUUAAACUGAAUGUUGGACCAAAGAAAUGUAACUUCAGAAAAAUUAAACCAUCAAGGCUUUCUAAAAUUACAAACUUACCGUUGUGAAAUUUCCAUUGAAAUUACUCCGUGUAAUUAACGCAGCAAUAAUUCCAGAAUUAACAGCGUUUCUUCGAUGUCUAUCAUCCACUUCAAAUGAAAAUUUUUCCGGUGGACAUUUCUAUAGUCGCGCGCGUCAAAUACACCAAUCAGGUUGCUCCUUACGGCGCGGAAUCCCAUAGAAAUGCUAUGGGAGAUUGCCCUCUAGCUGUCACUCUGGGUAUCACGGUCGAAGGACUGGGGAACGGUUGGCCAACGGCCGUAAUCGCGUGACAUUGUUGUUCGAUCUGUCUCGGAGGAGGCUCCAGGAUCGCGAGUUAGACAGCAAGACGCCGGACGAAAUCGUGACAAAGAUGCGACCGGACUCGCGCAGCGUGUCGUUCACCUUCCACCGGGAGGUGCUGGCCGUGCGAAAUUCGCCGGAGAUGGUGCGAAGUUCGCGUAAUCUGCGCCAGCGUCUGCAGGAUCGAUUUGACAAAGAACGAGGAUCGUCGACCGGCGCGAAGGAGAAACCUCCGAAGAUCAAGGAGUCCACUGACCGAGCUUGGAACAACAUCAGCCUCGGCAACGUAUCGGCGGAUUCAAGACGAGCACUGCGUAGCGGCGCCGAGAAACUGUCCAGGACGAUAUCCUCUGUGCGCACCACCUUCGGCACAAUAUCUCAGAAAUUCAAAAAUUCUACGCGCAGACGUCAGAGACUUGAGGAGCAGCAAUCACCUUGCAACAUGCAGACACCUCAAACACGAUCCCGCCAGCUGUUAGGUCGCACACCGACAAAACUGUACAGUCCUUUUGGCAUCGAGUCUCCAAGGCACGCCUGGAAUAGGGAUAAGGAAAACGACGCCAGUACGCCGGUACGCGCCUCAUCACCGGAAUGCAGCACACGUUAUAUACACUGCAGACCGUUUCGCUUCACAAGGGUGAAAGGAUUCUCCAUGCUGAGAUAAAAGAGAAGGUGUCUCCAAAGGGAUUCUAAAAAUUAUAUUCCAUGUCGAUCUCUCUUUACUUCCUAGUAAACGCAGUCAGGAUUGCGUGCCUUGUGCAACGACAUUUAUAUCGAAUAUAAUUUAUUUUACGUUGAAUCGUGAGGGACUUGCUGUGAACGACCUAGCGAGGUUGAAAUGAUUUUUUAUACAAGUAGCAUUUUAUAGGUAUGCUAGCGUACCUACCAUGAUAUUCAUUCCAUCGCUUCCUUUGCAUACUUAUAUCGUAAACUAUUUCUCUUUUUUAUACGUAUUUAUAUCUACAUACGCGCAAUAAUAUACGUGAGAUAUGGCAGGGUUAAUGCUUGUAUUUACCGUACAUUGAGAUGUCGGAAAUCAAAAUGAGAAUCACAAAAUUGUUCACAUAAAGUAUCAAAAAGAUAUUGAUUUAAAGAUUGUUCUUUUCUGUUCGGUGUACAAAGAACAAAUUCUUGAACAAUUAUUUAUAAUACACGAAAAAGUAUUUAAAAUUUAAUAUAUCACAUAAGCUAAGAAUACUUGGCAAUUUAUGUUGUAACUCGUUGGAACGGAUAGAUUUGUGAAUGUAGCCCCUUUUUUGGUACAAAAUGACGUACAAUUUGAUUAAUGUUAGAUGUUUCGGCUAUCUUAUAUUUCAUUUAUUUAUUUUUAUCUUUUCUGACGAGAUUGUAAAAUAUUUUUGGUUCAAAUGUUAUUAAUAUAUAUACACUAAUUUGUAUAUAAUUUUUCAAAAAAGAUUGUAUUCUAAUGAAGAUAAGGCAGCUAUAUGGCCUCGACAGCCCUGCUUGCAAGCUACCACAUAUCUAAUCCUAAUUUACAGGCGCAAAAUAAAAUUUUUAUUGAAAAUUUA